GUAACAACGGCUGUACUUUAAGAGGAGCCACUCUGCUCCAGACCACUGCAUGCUUUCCAUUCACUGAAUCGUUUGGAUAUUGUCAACCUAAGAGGCAUAUUACCCCGACAUUUGAACUUCCACAAAAUCAAAAGGAUUUGUAGUAUGAUUUUAAGGUUCAUCGCUUCUGAAAAACCUUCUAUGGAAAAACAAGGAAAACAAUUUAUAACUGGGACCAAAUUCAGCCAGAGGGACACCUUUAGAGAAUCCUGAUCUCUAAUGUUUUUGUCCUAAUCUGCUCCAAUAAAGAUUUUGGAGGAGUUCCUUUCCCUGUCCACAUUAAUAAGCCACUUCUAAAUCAUAUUGAAAAAUGGUUGGAUUUGGACCUGCAGAUGUGCCUCCAUCAGCAGCUGUGAAGUUUGUAGGAGCAGGAACUGCAGCUUGCAUUGCUGACCUGUUCACUUUUCCACUUGACACAGCCAAAGUGCGGCUACAGAUCCAAGGAGAGUCCAGAUCUUCGGCUGCUGAAGGAAAGCAGUCUGCAGUGAAGUAUCGUGGAGUGUUUGGCACCAUCACCACCAUGGUGCGCACAGAGGGGCCCAGGAGUCUUUACAGUGGACUGGUAGCAGGGCUGCAGAGACAGAUGAGCUUUGCCUCCAUCCGCAUUGGUCUCUACGACUCUGUAAAACAGUUCUACACUAGAGGCUCUGAUCACGUUGGUAUCGGCAGCCGGCUGCUUGCAGGAUGUACCACUGGCACGAUGGCUGUUGCUUUGGCUCAGCCUACAGAUGUGGUGAAAGUUCGCUUCCAGGCUCAGGCCAGGUCUCCUGGGCAUGCCAGGCGCUACUGUAGCACUAUCAAUGCUUACAAGACUAUAGCAAAGGAGGAAGGUGUUCGUGGUCUGUGGAAAGGAACAGCUCCAAACAUUGCAAGAAAUGCAAUUGUUAACUGCACCGAGCUGGUGACGUAUGAUUUCAUUAAGGAUACGCUGAUUAAGUCUACUCCCCUCACAGAUAAUCUGCCCUGCCACUUCUUAUCAGCCUUCGGUGCAGGGUUAUGCACAACAGUGAUUGCCUCUCCUGUUGAUGUGGUCAAGACGAGAUACAUGAAUGCUGCUCUCGGCCAGUACAGCAGUGUCCUCAGCUGUGCUUCUGCCAUGAUGAGAAAGGAGGGACCACUUGCUUUUUAUAAGGGGUUUGUGCCUUCUUUCUUACGCCUAGGCUCCUGGAACGUGGUGAUGUUCGUAACAUACGAGCAGCUGAAACGGGCCAUGAUGGCAGCAAGUCACAACUGUACAACCACGCUGUAACCGUUAUUGAACAGAUGAAAGGCUGGU